CACUUACGUGUUUCACAAGAGGACUUCAUGGACUGCAGUUUGGAAGUGGAGGCAGUCUGUCCAAUUUGUCUGGACUUUCACUCUAAUCCUGGUUAUCUCUCCUGUAUCCAUAUAUUCUGCUUUGAUUGAACACAGAAUUGAAUGGCAAGGAAGGAAGAAUUGAUAUUGACCUGUCCCAUGUGCCGAGAAGAAAACCAGAGACCUACCUUGCAUGAGUGGGUGAUUAGCGAGUUGAUCAUUCUAAUUAAGCAGCGCGGCUCCCUCGGGGAGCAACCAAUGGACCCUUGGGGCUGUGCUCAGAGGACAUGGCUCUGGAAGAUGAGAGUGGAAGCUGAUUUGGGGAAACAGCAAGAGUGGACUCCAGGUGUCUGUAAGGAGUCAGUCAGCAGGAGGGACCCUGGCCAUAACUUGGCUGAAGACUGGGAGAUUUACCCCACUGCCUGUGUCCUGGACAGCUCCCAAGUCUCCUUCAUUUGGCACUGGGAAAUUGAUGAGGGAAAGGGACAUGCUUCCCUGAUAUCCGAGGAGAGGGACCUGAUGGAGAUGCUCUUUUUGUAG